AGUCACGGGGUAAUGAACUUCGGGGACCCCGUGCGGCUGCGAGCGCGGCUCUCCCCGGAAACCAGGAGCUGGCCGCGCGUUCCUUCGGAAGACUCCCCAGCAAUCUAGCGGUCCCCCUGGGCGCUUGGCUCUGCCCGGAGACUGCGGUUGUUUUCCUUCUGUCCUUAGAAGACCCGCAGUCUGCAAAGGGCUGUCCGCACUCUGCAUGCCUAACGCAGAGGGAGAAAUUGAAGACGGAGAGACCGGAAUGGAGGAAGAGAGGAAUUUGGCCCUUUUGGCUCCGUAGGAAGACCCUUUUCGUGUGUCUCCAUUUCUGUCCUUCAGUACCCCUCUCUUGUUCUCCCUUCUUCCUCUGCCUGCCCCUCCGUCUCCGCAUUUGUCUGUCCACGCGUGUGUCCAUACCAGGCAACAUUCCCCAAAGCUGCGGUUUUGCAAGAGCCGGGAAGAAACUUCGGGAUGCUGACAUUUCCACGGCGGAACGAAUUCUGAGCCCCUCCAAGCCCCACCCCGGGGAGCGGCGCGCGCCGACACCCACCUGUCCGGCCGGGAGCCUCGCAGGCUGGAGGGCGGCUGGAGAGCGGUGGAGCCGGGCGGCGAGGCGGGCGCUGUCGGCCGGGACUCGAGCGGCGCCCACCAGCCGCUCCGCCCCGGGACCGCCAGCAUGAGCAAGCCGGCCGGAUCAACAAGCCGCAUUUUAGAUAUCCCCUGUAAAGUGUGCGGGGACCGCAGCUCGGGGAAACACUACGGGGUCUACGCCUGCGACGGCUGCUCGGGGUUUUUCAAACGGAGUAUCCGAAGGAAUAGGACUUACGUCUGCAAAUCUGGAAACCAGGGAGGCUGCCCUGUGGACAAGACGCACAGAAACCAGUGCAGGGCAUGUCGGCUCAAGAAGUGUUUGGAAGUCAACAUGAACAAAGAUGCCGUGCAGCACGAGCGGGGCCCUCGGACGUCCACCAUCCGCAAGCAGGUGGCCCUCUACUUCCGCGGACACAAGGAGGAGAACGGGGCGGCCGCGCACUUCCCCUCGGCGGCGCUGCCCGCCCCGGCCUUCUUCACCACCGUCACGCAGCUGGAGCCGCACGGCCUGGAGCUGGCCACGGUGUCCGCCACGCCCGAGCGGCAGGCCCUCGUGAGCCUGGCUCAGCCCACGCCCAAGUACCCCCAUGAAGUGAAUGGGGCCCCCAUGUAUCUCUAUGAAGUGGCCACAGAGUCAGUGUGUGAAUCCGCUGCCAGGCUUCUCUUUAUGAGCAUCAAGUGGGCGAAGAGCGUACCAGCUUUCUCCACCCUGUCUUUGCAAGACCAGCUGAUGCUUUUGGAAGAUGCUUGGAGAGAACUGUUUGUUCUAGGAAUAGCACAAUGGGCCAUUCCGGUUGAUGCUAACACUCUACUGGCUGUAUCUGGCAUGAAUGGUGACAACACAGAUUCCCAGAAGCUGAACAAGAUUAUAUCUGAAAUACAGGCUUUACAAGAGGUGGUGGCUCGGUUUAGACAACUCCGGUUAGAUGCUACUGAAUUUGCCUGUCUGAAAUGCAUCGUCACUUUCAAAGCUGUUCCUACACACAGUGGUCCUGAACUGAGAAGUUUCCGGAAUGCUGCUGCCAUUGCAGCUCUUCAAGACGAGGCUCAGCUAACUCUCAACAGCUACAUCCACACCAGAUAUCCCACCCAACCCUGUCGCUUUGGAAAGCUCCUGUUGCUUUUGCCAGCUUUACGUUCUAUUAGCCCAUCGACCAUAGAAGAAGUGUUUUUCAAAAAAACCAUCGGCAAUGUGCCAAUUACAAGACUGCUUUCAGAUAUGUACAAAUCCAGCGAUAUCUAAGCUCUUCAAGUUCCCACUUUCCAGUAUGGGAUAGUCUCUGAUGAACUUCCAUCCACGGAGAACACGCUUCAACUAACCAACCCUUCGGGAAGCAUAUAUCUGGGGGUGUGGAGCCUUCCGGAGAAAACAUCCAUGGACACAACAGUUCCAGUAGCUUUGACCUGCUGCUGCCUCAUCCAGGGCAGGGCAGCCCAGAAGGGCCGCCUGAGCAGAGAACUCGCUGCUGCCAUGCCCUGGGAGGGCACACAUGGAGGGUUGCCACUGGCCGUGCCACUCUGCCUCUCACCUGGAAGAUCCGUCUGAACCAUCAAACACUGAAACACGAGUAGAACUUCCUUUUCGUUUUUAGUGUAUAAAGUUGGGUAACCAAAUAGAGCUCUGUGUAACACCAUGCAGCAGCCUUGAGAACUAUCUUAUGAACUAGACUUUCUUGUAAAAACAAUGGUUAGGUUUAAAAUAAAAAGUUUUAUCAAAAUUUUCCCAUCUAUUGUAAUACAUCAUUAAGUGGCCUUCAGAACUGAGUUAAUAAGUGAAAGGUAGAUUAUGCCGUGAGAUUUGCUUUUUCUCUAUCUUUUUUUUCCUUUCUCUUUCUUUUCUUCUUCUUUUUAAUACCAUAGGCCAGGCAACCUUGUCGAGGGAUUGGUGGACGAAAAUGAAAUUCUCACCAGAACUUCGGUUUGGAUAACAUCUCAAAAAUAGAAGAGCUUUACUAACAGAACAAAAGUCGAGGGAGGAAGACUAAAAACAGCAAAACCAAAUAGGAGGUGAAGGAUUGAGGCAGAUUGCUGUCCCAUUAAAAUAGUGCUGAAACCAAAGGCAAUGAGGGUCCAAGCGCAUGUUUCAGUGAGUCACAUCAGACAGGAAACCAACACAGAUGUGAUAUUGAAUGGAACUUCAAAGAGAUGAGCACUAAGAGGUUUCUCGAUUGAUCCACUGCUAACAGCCUGCGACUCUUAAAUGCCUUUCAGAAAACUGGUUUCUAGUAAAGCCUUGAAUGUGUGUGUGCAUGCACACAUACACACACCACCACCACCACCACCACCACCACACACCCCAUUCUACAUUGUAAGCUGCUCCUUUGGUAUGAAACUAUACUUAUGAAGAUGUAGAAACAAACAUUUUAAAAUAGCUGCUGUACUUUUCACAUUUUGAUUUAGUAGUUUCUAGCACUGAGGAAAACUAUUCAGCACUUGGACUAUCAUAGGUUGAGUAAAACUUUUCUUGUACAAAG